AUGGCUUCUGCUCCUAUGAUCAGCGUCUAUGAAGAUAUUCUUGCAGGGUCUAUCGUAUCUCUGAUUUGUGCUAUUGGAAAUUUCAUGAUGACCCUAGUUAUAAUAGGAAGUUCUCGUAUUCCAUCAAUGAAAUCUUCCUUCGGAAUGCUGACAAUCAAUCAGAAUUUGGCUGAAAUGAUACCUUGCACGACAUGUUUCAUCUUCUUCUUCUUCGGUUACACAUUGAAUUGGAAAACAGUGAUUGACAACAGUUAUCUUAUUGGUGCUUCUGCAAUUAUAACAGUACAUAUAAUUCUCAUCAGCUUUUUACUCAUUUCUCUCAACAGACUGUGUGCUAUUCUUUUUCCGAUUGCGUAUAAUGGCAUAUUCAAAGGAAAGUUUCUUGCUGCUUUUUUUGCUGCAAAUUGGUUGAUCCCACUGUCCAUCAGCACUUUCAUUCUAGUUUUCCGUCAAUGCAGAUUUGUUAUUGUUCACGAAGGUUGGUUCUUUGAUGAAUCGAAAAACGAGAUUUGUGGGUCACUAUUGGAAAUAUACCGAAGUUUUCAAACGCCCUUAGCUUUGAUCACGACUGUUGUUGACCUGUCAGCUCUCUUGUUGUUGGUUAUUUUGAGAAAUCGAAUCUUUAAAUCAAAGAGUGUAGAAACGAGAAGACGAGAAAUGAAUUUCGCUCGUCAAGUUCUGGUUCAAGGAUUUGUUUUCACAAUUCAUGCGUUUUGGUAUCAAGGGGGUAGAAACCUAAUGCCAACAUCAAUGCCGGAAAACUGGAAAAUAUUUUGGACGACUUCAUUCUCUUCUAAUUUACUUCAUAUUUUUGAUCCGUAA